UUAACAACAACUACACGUGCCAUGAUAAGAUCCACAGAUAAAUAUCCCCCAUGUGGUCCACAUCAAAUCACACCCAUCAACACAGCAGAAACCUCAGCUUCUCAACUUCUUCUGAGUUUGUCUUUCCAGACCAGAACAAUGAAACCCAGUUCAGUUCUGAUUUUGCAGCUGCUGCUGGGGACAUGCUGGGCGAGCACCUAUCAAAAUGUGGCUUUGCGUGGCAAAGCAACUCAGUCACAUCUUGUUAAUGGAGGGUCUGCACCCUUUGGAGCUGCCUACAAUGCUAUAGAUGGAAACCGUGAAUCUGAUUAUUAUGCUGGAUCAUGCACCGCUACUAUUACACAGACCAACCCCUGGUGGAAAUUGGACCUGCUGGAGUCCUACAUCAUCACCUCCAUCAUCAUCACCAACAGAAGAGACUGCUGUGCAGAAAGAAUCAACGGAGCAGAGAUUUACAUCGGCAACUCUAUAAGAGAUGAUGGUUUUUCAAACCCAGUGGUUGCUGUAAUUUCUCAAAUUCCAGCAGGCAGGUCUUUGAAAAUCACUUUCACCAGUCAUGUGGAGGGACGUUAUGUGAUGGUGGCUCUGCCUGGUUCAGGAAGGCUCCUUACACUCUGCGAAGUGGAAGUUUAUGGCUACCGUUCCCCGACUGGAGACAACCUGGCAGUCCAGGGAAAAGCCACACAGUCGUCGCUGCAUUCUUUUGGUCAUGCUUAUCACGCCAUAGAUGGGAAUCGUGCCAGCGCCUGGGCCCAGGCUUCUUGUAUUCACACAGGGAAUGACUUCAACCCCUGGUGGAGAGUGGACCUGGGCAAAACCCAUAAAGUGUUUUCUGUUAACGUAACCUCCUACAGAGAAUCUGAAUUACGACUUAAUGGAGCAGAGAUCCGAAUUGGAAAUUCCCUUGAUAACAAUGGGAACAACAAUCCCAGGUGUGCUGUGAUCUCAGGCCUCACCGGAGGUUUCACUGGAAACUUUGAGUGUCACGGGAUGGACGGACGCUACGUUAACAUAGUCAUUCCUGGAAGAACAGCUCACCUGAUACUGUGUGAGGUGGAGGUUUACGGCUCCAGGCUGGAUUAGCUCUGAGGAAGUUCAAAAUUGAUAACAAUUCUUCUUAUUACAUAUGCUUAGCUGGUAUUCUUGUACAGGCUCAUGUUGCUUCAGUUAUUAAAUUACCAUCAUUAGAGACAGAAGUAAUAUUAUCAUGUUAAAGCUGCAUUACUAAAUCUUUUACCACUAGGGGGCAGAAUAACUCCAAAACAAGCUGACAGCUGGAGUUGUUUUGCAUCCAUCGAUGAAUUCAAAUCCAAUAUUGGCCUCCACAUCUUCUGAGCAAAAUACAUUUUUUAAACUUUAUUCCACCUUUAUAACCAGCAAGUAGUGACCAAUGACUAGUCAGCGUUCCCACUGUGUUUUAUUAAGUGUUCACAUGUUCUGUAGCUCAUCACACCUGCAGCAUCCUCCUGCCAGGAGAGAAGGGGAGCAGAAGAGGCAGAAAAGCUGUCAAUUGUGUCGCUGCAUGCUGCAUUUUAGGAAUAAAGUUGUUCAGAGGGUAAAUGCUUCGAGUACUUCAGAUUCAGUUUUUCCUUAUUGUAAGUUUUUUGUUGCAUUGCUCCUUGAGAGCUCUUUGUGCUGCUCGGGUGAUUAAACAGACUAAGUAAAAGCA